CGCACGUCGUCGGAUCUCGCCGCCGCCCGCCUCGUCUUCGCCCGCAUCGUCUUCACCGCACGCCGUAAGAUCUUGAGGUCUGUUCCAUAAGAGUCCUCUCUCCGACGAUGGAAGAAGACGAUGAUGAAGACAUUACUAGUAGAAUAUAGAAGCUUAGAUUGGAUUGGGAGGCAUUGGAAAUUUAGAACACAAAAACUUUCAAGAUAAAUUUUUUUAGAAAAUUAAGGAUGAAGAUGAAGCAACGCUUCUCUCCUGUGUGAGCAAGCACCCGAUAGAUGCUGCAAUCAUGAUUAUAAAGGACUUCUUAAAUUUAAAGAAGAAAUUGAAGAACAACAUGAGGAGCUGGCAAACUCUAACUCUGGGGUUGAGAGAGCUACAACGAGCAUGGAUGCUCUCCUGCCAGAGACAUCAAAUACAGACUCUAAUUUUGGGGUUGAGAGAGCUACAACGAGCGCAGAUGAUCCCCUGCCGGAGAUAUCUAAUGCAGACUCUAACUCUGGGGUUGAGGGGGUUGCAACGAGCAUAGAUGCUCCCUGCUAGAGACAUCGAAUGCAGACUCUAACUAUGGGGUUGAGGGGGCUGCAAAGAGAACAUGGGGAGUGACUAUCCCUAAGGAGAAGCAACAUGAAAAAACCAAAAACCCUGUGGCUCAGUGAAGGAGACAUGUUGGCGGCCUUGGGAAAAGACUCCCAUCUUAUCUUUCUGUUUGUGGAGUUUGUGCCUUGUAUAGGCAGCAAAGUUUUGAAAAGAAAUUUGCGCAUAGAUCACUAGAAAGAAACAAUAAGGGUUUCAACAUAGCAGGCGCAAAGCUGGCUUCCUGUUACGCUAAGUUCAUGCUUGGAGAACAAACAGAUGGGGACAUCCAAAGAUCAGUGCGUGAGCUGGACAGAAGGGGAUUUUCAAUACCUAAACAAUAACAAAGACAUGCAUUUCUUCUCUCCGAGACACGCAAUCAGCAGCAGAAAAGGUACGGCAAAAAAUGUGAAGCGUACCGCUGGCUGUGGUUUCUGGAAUGGAAAAGGCAAAGAGCAAGAUGUCUUCUGUGGAUCUCGACAUGUUGGGUAUAGGACACCACUGACUUUUGUCAGUACCGAGGGGGAAAAAAGGAGGAAUACCAACUGGAUCAUGCACGAAUUUCAUAUCAAGCCUGCUCAGAACAGUAACAAGUUCGAGAGCAUGGUAAUCUGCAGAAUUCAUAAGAAGAAAACGAAGGAAGACAGAGAAGGAGGGGCAGAUGCAGACUCUGGUGUUGCAGCUCUUAUUGAACAAGAAGAACAGGGAACAACAUCAGCGGCAACACAUGUAGAAGAAAGGCCUCUAAAGAGGAAGCGGGUGGAGGCUUCAUCAUCCCUACCGCCCUCGUCAUCAUCAUUGCUUGCAUUUCUUCCUUGCAAAGAAGCAGAAGCCUUCUAUCAGUUAAUUUCAACAAUGGAUGAAAAACGGCAUACUGUUUUAGAACAAGAGGUUGAAGUGGAUGAAAGGCAGGUGACAGAGAUGUUGCUUAAAGAACACGAAGCGAUGACAAAUCAUUUUAAGGCAGCUGCUGAAUCUGGUGCUGCUACUUCUAUUUGUGAACAAGCAGCGACAUAUGUAGAGGACAGAUUUCGAAAGCGGAAAUGUGUUGAGGGAUGCAGCAACUUCUGUGAUACUGAGAAAACUUCCAUGGUUAACACUGAAGCACCUUCUCAGCCCUUGUCAUCAUCUCCAUACUUGUCAUCAACAUGGGUCUGCGCUCCUGCUUUAGAUUCUUAUGAAGCAUCAUCCUCAUUGAUCGACAUUCUUCCACCACCAUCGCAGGAUCAUUGGACAUGGGAGGAUUUGGAAAUUGACGUUGGUACUGUCUCUUAUUUGGAUGAAUUGAUGGAAUGUUUCAGUGACUCUUGAAUUCUUAUUGUAACUGUUAUACUGUCAUUUUUUGGUAAUAAAUUAUUUUUUUUCAUUCU